UCAGCCGCAGUCGACAAACAGUUCUGCUCCGCCUCGACAUCAGAUUCAAUCAUCAGCGCACUUCUCAACGCACCCGCUGCCUAUAAUGCAGUAUAUAAACAUGGCGGGUUAGCAAACAUGCAUCAGCUUGACAAGACCAUCUUUAUAUAAUUAUCAUGUCGUAGAGGAUCUCUUCGAAAGAUCCCAGGGGCUGCCAUGGAUCGUGUUAGCGUAGUUUGGCGGUUGAGGCGUCGUGCCCGUCGAGGAGCCCUGUGCAUGGCACUGUUCUGUAUGACUAUGGCUCUUCUAUACACAAUCUGUGCUGAAAACAGCAUAACAGUUACAGAUGCCAUUUUCGGGGUGAAGGCAAGAACUCGAGCUCAACCACGAACACACGCUGUUGUUAAGGUAUUGCGGGGAACAGGAGGAUCGAAGCCCAUUUAUACUGACCCUCAAAAGCUCCCAGGUGUCAUUCCUGGAGAUCCUCAAAAGCCUAUUCCUAUCCUGUCCUCUGUCAACUACUCUGUGGAGGGCACUUAUAAGGACCACAACCUCAGGGGCAAAAUAAAAGAGCGUGGGCUAUUUUACUGGCUUCUGGCCCAACCGCUGAGACGUGCUCUGGAGACUAUAUUUGGAGGGCGACGGAGAGGAGAUGUGGGUGCUGCAAAUGGGGAUGCUGUUGUUUUUGGGCCUAAUGGAGCACUCGGAGAGGUCUGGAAUGAUGAGAUGUCAACCACCAUGCUGGGAAAAAGGCUGAGGAAGGUGGUACAGAACUAUCAGGCAAUGAAUAAAUAUGGGGUCCGGUACUCUGGACCUGAGGGUGCAGCACAUCGGUCUAAACUUAGUGGCCCUGAACUUCUAUGUCAGAUAAAUGAGAUGGUGCAGAUUGCAACUAUAACACCAGAUAUGGAGCCAUUUGCUGAGUUGCCCUGGGCCGCUCAGUUACCUCCACGGCCACUGACCUCUGACAUCGGCCCAUUCAAAACCUGUGCAGUGGUAUCAUCUGCAGGUUCUCUUAAAAAUUCUGGAUUAGGGAAAGAAAUAGAUGCUCAUGAUGCAGUGAUAAGGUUCAAUGCUGCACCGACUGCAGGCUUUGAGAAAGACGUGGGCUCUAAAACGACAGUACGUCUGAUCAAUUCCCAGGUAAUGGCAUCAGAAGACCACCAUUUCCUCUCCAGUUCUUUGUACAGUACAGGAAUUUUAGUAAGCUGGGAUCCUGCCCCUUAUUCCUCCAAUCUACAUGAGUGGUACAACAAGACAGAUUACCCAAUAUUUAAACAGUAUCAGCGAUAUAGACGACUACACCCUCAACAGCCAUUUUAUAUUCUGCACCCACGAAUGGAAUGGCAACUGUGGCAGCGAAUACAAGACAAUAUGGCCGAGCCUAUACAAAAAAACCCACCCUCAUCAGGCCUGCUGGGCACAAUUCUAAUGAUGUCCCUGUGUGACGUGGUACAUGUGUAUGAAUUCCUACCCUCACGACGGAAAACCGAGCUGUGCCACUACUACCAGCAAUUUAAUGAUGCCGCAUGCACCCUAGGAGCCUACCACCCAUUAAUGUAUGAGAAGAACAUGGUAAAGAGGAUGAACCAGGGCUCUGACCAUGACAUCUAUACACAUGGCAGGGUCACACUCCCAGGGUUUAUAACACUUAACUGCACUCGUAGCUCUACUUCCAAGACUCUGUCAAAGACAUAAUCUGAAGGUACUUAUCUAUCUUUUUGUACACUUUCAGAAUGUAAUGGUAAAAUGGCUGCAUGAUUCAUUCUACAAAUGCAAGUACUCAAUCUGGUCUUUGAACAAGACCAGGAGUCAGUUCACUGCUGCCAUCUAAUCUACAGCCACUAGCAGGUCACACAAACCACUGAUGUAAAGAGAACUCUUGAGUGCCAUGGAAUUUUACACAAGACAAAUGUACAAACACUAAAUCUACAGUUUAAGACACUUCCUCAUUAUAAGACAAAAUACAUCUCUUUAAAAGUAGCCAAAUAAUCUCCAUCCAUACAAGUGUAGCAAGUAAAGCUUAUGUCCAAAGCCCCCCUGCCACUUUCUUAAUGUGGCUUUCAAUGUAUGCAACCGCAAUCCUGACAACUAGGGGUGUAACAGUUUAUCGUGCCACAAUACAUCGUGGUUAAAAAAUGUGACGAUGCGCAUUGUGGUGAUAGGAUCGUUUAAAAAAACCCCCAUAUAUUUAUAUUUUUUAUUUUUACAUCUGUUCUGUACAAUUCGCAUGACGUCUUACACCUACGUCACACGGGCAUGCAAAUAGAAAUUGCUUCAUUGCACACUAGCUGUCGUGUGUUGUACGAUAAGUUCAGAUACGAUGACCCAGGUGUCAAAGUCUGCAGAAUUAAACCAUUUUAGAUGGUUUCGCCCUCACCAUGUAAGUGAAUGCACCUUUUCGGCACAAGGGAUCAAAUGUCCAUUUGAAGCGUGAAAGUGAUCUAAUCUGCAUCAGAAAAAAUUUUACGUUUACAGAGGUUUAAUGAUAGUGCUGUAUUAAUCUAAUAAAUAUAAUGCUGAAUAUUAUGUAGAAUAAUGCCAUGAGGGAAUAUAAUCCUAAUGUCUGAUUUGAUUUCAUCAGUAAAAUUAGAGCCUACAUUAUUUAACUGAAUAAGCAAGAACUUCCAUUAAAAAUUUAUUUUUAAAAGAAUAUUUUAGAUAAAAUUAGUGACAACACUAUUUUAGAAAAAUACAAUAUUAAUUUUACAUAUAUUUUAAAUGUUUUUAAUCGGUGACAGUGUGAAAGCAUAUGUAUCUAACAUAAUUCUGUAUUUUCAGCUAAGCUGAAUUAUUAUUUCCAUUUGGUGUCACCAUUGCCCUGUGCUGAGCUUAUUUUUAGUCCCAAUACAUCUCUGAUGGAUCAUUUAACACUAAUAAACAUUACAGUUAGUUUAAUUUUACUAGUGAAGGAACUGUUUUGCAUGUCUUAAAAGGAAUUAAAAAAACAACGUGCCCCACCGAGAACAAACCACAUUAUAGCGACCACGAGGAGGUUACCCCAUGUGACUCUACCCUCCCAAUUUGGUUGCUUAGGAGACCUGGCUGGAGUCACGCAGCACGCCCUGGGAUUCAAACUAGCGACUCUAGGGGUGGUAGUCAGCGUCUUUUACCACUGAGCCCCCGAUUCAGGCUUUGUUUAAAAUAUCGUGAAGCGAACUGAAAAUUCAGUAUCUCAAACCGAACUGAAUGGUGAGACGAGUGAAUCGUUACACCCCUACUGACAACACAUAAAACACACAAUGGUAAAUCUGUUUCCAAAACCAUUUGUCAACACUUACACACACACCUCUAGCUUACUAAUACUUUAAAUCAGUGUCUUUUAGAAAACUAUAUUUCAAGGCCUGGAGAUCUGUAUGCAUUCAGUAAUGACACUGUGACAUGCUUUCUAUCAUAGCAGUCUGUAACAAGUCAUGUGGCUUUUGGAGAAUGUCCUUGCAUGCUUUACUGAAAUUGCACUAUGUCAUUCCUUUGGUGAACUUUAUACCUAUGGUACUUUUGUUGUAUUUAGGGAUUUGAUGAGAAGAAAGUUCAUUGUGGAUAAGGAAAACAAAGAAAGUGCAUGUUUGUCCUGUUUUAUACAGAUAUUAAAAUCUUCAUUUAAAAUGUAAUUUGAAUUUAAAGGAAUAUUCCGGGUUAAAUAAGUCAAGCUCAAUUGACAGCAUUUGUGAUAUAAGCUGAUUACCACAAAAAAAAAAAAAAAAAAAAAUUGACGACUUUAAAAGUUCCUCCUUUCUUUAAAAAAAAAAAAAAAAAAGCAUAAAUCUUACAAUGGGAAAAAAGGCACUUACAAUGGAAGUUAAUGGGGACAAUCCAUAAACGUUAAAAUAAUCACUAUUUCAAGAGUAUAUCCAAAAGACUAAAACAAUAUGCCUGUUAACAUGAUUUUAGUGUGAUAGAAUUGCCUGCUAACCUUUUCUAUGUAAAGUUAUAUCUAGGGGUGUAAAUAUUAGCACUUACUACGAUUCGAUUCCAUUACGAUUGUUUACUUAACGAUUAUGAUGUAUCGUGUAAUUUGGUUACUAAUUGAUUGUAGAACAAUUCAUAAUUUAUUUUUUUUUUUUUACAUUUUUACUGCAUGUUGUUUAUUUAGACAGCACAUACAUGCACAAGACUUGAGCACUAGAGGAACAGAUGCAUUUAGGACUAAGGAGGUUUGGCUUAUUAUAGAUCUGAUAUGAAUAAAGGAUAAAUGAAUGCAACAUGACGUGAUUCAAGCACACAUAAAAUGUAAAUGUAUGUAAAUCAUGGAAUAAGAAUUACAGAUCUGCUUAUGUAACGUUAACAUUUAUUGCACCAAUAAUUACAAAUGAAAUGUGCAUUCAGAUAAGGCCCAUCAUUAAAUCAAGCAGGAUCAUAGAAUUAAAAUCUAUCUGUUGUACCUGCAAGUUCCCUAUUCCUUCAAAGGGAGAGGCAGCAGAGUGCCUCUGCUUGUAAAGCACAUUUACAAGAAUGUUUUAUCUUUACACGGCUGCCACGUGUCAUCGACUAAUCAGAGAUAACUUUAAUCAGCCGACAUUUUGCUUUUAACUGGUUAGUUCCCUUCAGAACAGUCUGAAAUUGCUCCCUAUUCUCUAUAUAAUGUACUAUGUGGCAUUCACUAUAAAGAGUGAACAGACUGAGGGAUUAGCUAAUGUACAUUUAUUUAGGCUGUGUUCUAUUCAAGGUUAAACAAUUUUAUGAAGAAAUAACACACUUUAUUUAGAUAUAAAGCAACAUAAACAUAAUAUAUCAUAAUACGCAAAUUGUUAUGAAUAAUAACACUGCUGCAUCCAUCCAUCCACUUACCCGCUUAUCCUAUGCAGGGUCGAGGGAGUAAACUCCGCUGCAUGAACUUUCUUCAUUUAAAGCUGAAGUGUGUAAUUUAUGCAGUUCUAGUCCUGCCGAAUUAAAUAGCAAAUAGGGAUGCACCGAAAUUUCGGCCGCCGAAAAUCUGAACAAAAACGUAUUCAUUAAAAUCAAGUAACAGAGACACUGACAUGUAGAAAAUGCAGCGUUUAUGCGAAAAGAUGAAAACAGCAGCUAAUGUUUAAAUAUAAAUUGGUAACAAGAUUGUGCUUAUAAUUGAGUUGCGCAUCUGUACAGUGUGCGUAUGUGUGUGUUGACACAAACAAGCGCAACAGCACAAAAACACUCAAAGGAGUUUAUGAAAGCACACUGUGGUGAAAUUUAAAACGCAAACGUACAUUAUGUUGGUAUUUGCCUUACCUAGUUGCCUAAAGUCUACAUUCCCAAAAGUAAUGAAGCAAUCGCUUUCUUUUUUUUUAUAUAAAAUUUUAUUGAUUCAAAAACAGGAUUAAAGAAACAGAACAUACACAGAAUCAAAUUAUAUCAAAUUAUAUGUCCCUCCCCUGAACAUUUGUGUACCCAGGACUUUGCAAACUAAAUUCUGGACUCUCAACCAAAACUCUUGAAUCCUAGGACAAUACCAGAAAGCAUGGGUUAUAUCUCCAUCCUCCAACUGGCAUCGCCAGCGGGUGGGUGUAUCUUAUAGACCAAGCCUAAAUAAUCUGGAGGGAGUCCAGUAGAAAUGGUGUAAUAUCUUGAAUUGCAUAAGGUGAACUCUAGCAUCUCUGGACAUGAUUAACAUUUUUCAAAAUCCUUUCCCACACCCCAUCUUCCAAUAUCAAAUUCAAAUAUUUUCCCCAUAACCUCUUAAGAGAUGUUAACACCCCAUCCCCAAGAUUCUGGAUCAAUAAGAAAUAAUACGCUGAAGCUUCAUGACCUUUUCUAAUAGCAACAAGCACCACCUCAAGGAUAUCUGCCACUUUAGGGGGCUGCAUACUACUCCCAAAGGUGGUACAGUGUAGAUGGCGCAACUGUAAGUACCUGAAGAAUUGAGAUCUAGUAAUCCCAAAAUGUUGAACUAUAUUUUCAAAGGAUCUCAACACUCCACUCUCAUGUAGGUCACCUAGCGUAUUAACCUCCCUCACAAUCCACUCUGUCCAGCAGAAAGGGGACUUAUUAAUACAUAAUUUGGGGUUCAGUUAUAUGCUCGAAGCAACAUUUAAAUAAAUGUCCAAUUUAAACACUCAAUUUUGUCCAUACCGCGUGCAAAUGCGAGCAAAAACACCGCUUGCUGUCUCGUGCAAACGGCCAAAUUCAAAAUCGCUUUUCGUCUGAAACUGGACCAGUGAGUGACACUGUCACAGAUAAACUCAGUUUAUUUUUUCACACACACAACAAUACAGACAAUAUGGAUAAUGGACUGAUACAAGAAAAACUUAGAAUAGGAAGGUAUGCUUUUGUUCUUUGUUCACAAGUCAUUUAUUAGCACUUUUUAGGGUAAAUAUUUGCUUAUGUUAGGCAAAAGUCAGUUUAUAUAUACAGUAUAAACUGUUUAUAUUAGUAUAUACAUAAAUAUACCAUAUAGAUACUAGAUAAUUAUUCCAAAGUCUAAUAGAAUAUUAUAUAUAUAUAUAUAUAUAUACACAGUACAGUGCAAAAGUCUUAGGCACAAAAGAUGUUUCGCAAAAACAUUUGUCUUAAGAUGGUUAUUUAUAUCUUCAGCUUUAGUGUGUCAAUAGUAAAUAUACAUUUUAGACUCCCAAACAUUCCUUUUGCAAAUAGAAUAGAAUAGAAUAGAAGAACAGGGAGUCUAGCAACAGAUGACAUGUCCCCCACUAAACAUCGAGUAGGAUUACAUGAAGAGAUUGAAGCAACUGAGACAGCCUAAAUAGACUGUGACAAAUUCUCCAGGAAGCUUGGAACAUCCUGCCUGCCACCAACCAAGAAAAACUGUGUCUAGGUGUACCAAGGAGAAUUGGUGCAGUUUUGAAGGCAAAGGUGGUCACACCAAAUAUUGAUUUAGAUGUUUUAUGUUUACUGGACUUUGUAUGACAUUAAUUGAUAAAUGAAAACUAUUUAUGGAAUUAUUUUUGAAGACAUCCUCACAAUGCAAAAUUUUUCACAAGUGCCUAAAACCUUUGCACAGUACUGUGUGUGUGUAUAUAUAUAUAUAUAUAUAUAUAUACUAAAUAUAAAGCAUUUUCUGUUUUCGGCCCGGUGUCUCCAGGAUUUUCGGUUUCGGCCAAAGUUUUUUAUUUCGGUGCAUCACUAAUUGCAAAAAUAAAUAAUAUUUUCAAAAAGGCUUUUAAAUUACGCCCCACGUCUGCUGUUGACCAACACAACAGAUAGUCCCACUCCCAACUCACACCAUUGGUUGAGUCAGUGUUGUUGUGUAAGGUCUAGACAGGUCACUCAAAACAGAGUAAGUUUUUAUAGCACCAUAGAGACAUGAUUACAGUUUUCAAGAAAAUUUGUCUAUACUGUAAAUGCCUUAAUUGUAGCUGUCUCUGAUAGAAGAAAGUAUGGCAUCCGUUGUGAGAAGGCUUGUGUAAUCAGAGACGGACUCUGUAUCACAUAAGGUAUUAAUGUAGUAAUGAUUAUCGAUUCUUUAAUUCUGUAAUUGAUGCAUAGAAAUUUCUUUGUCUGAUCGAUGCUUUAAUGCAUUUAUUCGCCCCUACUUAUAUCCAAUUUUACAACUUUGUUGCCAUGACGAGGUAAUGCCGUAAAUCCUAAAACUGCCUUAAAAAUGAUUUCAGUUACUUUACAGCUCAAAUAAUACAAGCAUUUAACAGAAGAAUUAAUGUACAGUGCAUUCAGAAAGUAUUCAGACCCCUUGAUUUUUUUUCACAUUUUGUUAUGUUGCAGCCUUAUGCUAAAAUGCUUUAAAAAAAUAAUAAUAAUUCACAUCAAUCUACAUUCCAUACCCCGUAAUGACAAAGCAAAAACCAGAUUUUUGAUAACUUUGCAAAUGUAUUAAAAAGAAAAAACUGAAAUAUCACAUUGACAUAAUAUUCAGACCCUUAACUCAGUACUUGUUUGAAGCACCUUUGGCAGCAAUUACAGCCUCAAGUCUUUUUUGGGUAUGAUGAUACAAGAUUUGCACACCUGGAUUUGGGGAUUUUCUGCCAUUCUUCUCUGCAGAUCCUCUCAAGCUCUGUCAGAUUGGAUGGGGACCGUCGGUGGACAGCCAUUUUCAGGUCUCUCCAUAGAUGUUCGAUUGGGUUCAAGUCCGGGCUCUGGCUGGGCCACUCAAGGACAUUCACGGAGUUGUCCCUAAGCCACUCUUGCGUUGUCUUGGCCGUGUGCUUAGGGUCAUUGCCUUGUUGGAAGGUGAACCUCCGGCCCAGUCUAAGGUCCUGAGCAUUCUGUACCAGGUUUUCAUUAAGGAUAUCUCUGUAUUUUGCUGCGUUCAGCUUUCCUUCAACCCUGACCUGUCCCCCAGUCCCUGCCGAUAAAAAACACCCCCACAGCAUGAUGCUGCCACCACCAUGCUUUUCUGUUGGGAUGGUAUUAUGCUGGUGAUGAGCGGUGCCUGGUUACCUCCAGACAUGAUGCUUGGAAUUGAGGCCAGACAGUUCAAUCUUCAUUUCAUCAGACCAGAGCAUCUUGUUUCUCACAGUCUGAGAGUCCUUUAGGUGCUUUUUUAUAUGUCUUGCACUGGCCACUCUGCCAUAAAGCCCAAAUCAGUGGAGUGUUGCAGUGAUGGUUGUCCUUCUGCAAGUUUCUCCCAUCUCCACACAUGAUCUCUGGAGCUCAAACAGAGUGACCAUCAAGUUCUUGGUCACCUCUCUUACCAAGGCCCUUCUCCUCCGAUUGCUCAGUUUGGCCGGGCGGCCAGCUCUAGGAAGAGUCCUGGUUGUUCCAAACUUUUUCCUUUUAAGAAUUACGGAGGCCACUGUGCUCUUGGGAACCUUCAGUGUAGCCAAACAUUUUUUGUAGCCUUAACCAGAUCUGUGCCUCGACACAAUCUUGUCUCUGAGCUCUGCAGGUGGUUCCUUUGACCUCAUGGCUUGGUUUUUGCUCUGAUAUGCAUUUUCAGCUGUGAGACCUUAUAUAGACAGGUAUGUGCCUUUCCAAAUCAUGUCCAAUCAAUUGAACUUGCCACAGGUGGACUCCAGUCAAAGUGUAGAAACAUCUCAAAGAUGAUUUAGAGAAAUGGGAUGCAAUGGGAGCUAAAUUUAAAGUCUGAAUACUUAUGUCAAUGUGAUAUUUCAGUUUUUUUUUUUUUUAUAAAUUUGCAAAGUUAUCAAAAAUCUGUUUGUUGCUUUGUCAUUAUGGGAUAUGGAGUGUAGAUUGAUGUGAAAAAAAUUAUUUAAAGCAUUGUAGCAUAAGGCUGCAACAUAACAAAAUGUGAAAAAAUGAAGGGGUCUGAAUACUUUCUGAAUGUACUGUAAAAAGCUUCACAUUUCUGCCUUUAAAGUCUUCAAAAAUUGGACCCCAUUCACUCCAUUUUAAGUGCCUCGAUUUUUGCUUUUUUAAAGGAGAGACGAGUCUAAAUAAUUGUUUGUGGUAAUUUACAUUACGCCAUAAAUGCUGUUGAUUAAGCUUAACUUGUACUGAACCCGGAAUAUUACUUUAAGCCCUUGAAACAUGAAUGCAUACAUGCGUUUGCAUUUUGAGGAGCAACCUCUGUAAUCUGCAAAGGGUGUAUUUUUUAAUUCUUAUGUUAAAGUUACUGUGUUUUGAUUUAAGAGGACAUGCAUAUGUAUCCCGUCUAUUUCUAUUUACUUAAGCAAACAGAUUACAAUAUGUAAUAAUUUGAAUAUAAAUAUUGCUUCAAGGGAAGAUGCCAUUGGGAGUCCUGAAUUAAUUUCUGUGUAAUGAACAUCCUUUUAAAAUUGACAGAGAAGGGUCUUAAAUUUGGACUGCAAUUUGAAAUGAUUUUUUUGUUGUCUUUUUAUUCAAUUCUGAUAAUUGUAUGCAUGCUCAUUUAUUUUAAUAUUUCAUUUGUAGCAUUCAGCUGAUUAGUAUUAUGAUGUCAAAAAAUUGCUUUAUCGGAUUGCAUUUCAAAUAGUAUAAUUCAAUAGAUGAACUUUGUCAUGCCUUGCAUGGGUAAACCAAUCCAAAGCAAUUUAACUAAUCUGGACUAUGCACUAUAAACAACUGACAAAUGUAUAUACAUUUUAUUUGUAUCUGGUACAUGUAUCUUUCUAAAUGCAAGAAUUAGUUUAUUUUUUAUUUUUUAAGAAUUUUCCCUUUAAGCAUUCUGUCAGUAUUGUGAUUAAUUAUUUUAUUAGGUAUACUCCUUGUUAAAACUCAAUUACCAAAGUUGCUGUAAACAUUAUAUUUAAGAUUAUUUCAAAUUAACAUCAGGACUCCUUGGACUGUUGUAAAUGUUGGGAGCAUACUGCAGUAAAAAAGAUUAUGACUAGGUAAAACUUUUAUGCUUUUUGGAUGAUAUGCUCUGUAUUUGGAUGACAUCAAAUGUCCUUCACUUACAACAGCCACUUCACCACACUGACUAUUAUUAAAGUCACUAGAUCACUUAUACAUUUAUCUAAAUCCUGCUUGAUAUAUGGUUCACAAGUUUAGGCUAUUACUGAGUGGACGGGUGGGUCAGUUUAGUGUGCUCUAAAAAGGAGUGUAUGAACUUUUCAAAAGAGCAAAGGGCCUUUACAUGCCAUUUUCAGGUCUAGUGCUGUUCUGUUACUAUAUAUAAUAAUGUGUGUAUGUAUGUGUGUGUAUAUAUAUAUAUAUAUAUAUAUAUAUAUGUAUGUGUGUGUAUGUGUAUGUACACUUCCAGUCAAAAGUUUUGAAACACUUGCCUGAAAUGUUUCUCAUGAUCAACUCCUUCAAUACUGUUUAAAAAGCAUCCCAGGGUGAUACCUCAAGAAGCUGGUUGAGAAAAUGUCAAGAGUACAUGUCUGCAAAUUCUAGGCAAUGGGUGACUACUUUGAAGAUGCUAAAAUAUAACACAGUUUUGAUUUAUUUUGGAUUUUUAGUCACAACAUAAUUCCCAUAGUUCCAUUUAUGUUAUUCCAUAGUUUUGAUGACUUUACUAUUAUUCUAAAAUGUGAAAACAAAAAUUAUAAUAAUGAAUAAGUGUUUCAAAACUUUUGACAUAUAUAUAUAUAUAUGUAUGUAUAUGUCUUAUUGUAUAUUCUAUAUAUACUUUAUUUUCUAUUCAAUUUUUAUUUUAUUUUUAUUUAUUUUUUUAUUAUUUUUUAUUAUUAUCUUGUUGCUGUAUUGUAUUGUUGUGCACUGAAAGCUCCUGUCACCAAGACAAAUUCCAUGUAUGUGUAAGCAUACCUGGCAAUAAAGCUGUAUAAUAUUGAUGUUGUUUUAAAUUUUUGUUUAAAAAUGUGUUUUACUGCUCCAUGCAGUACUGUAAAAGUUUAAGUGUAGGAUGUUAUGUGAUAAAUCCUAAAAUGGCAAAGAAAACCCUGUUUCUUACACGUAUACACUAAAUACUAUUUUCCUUUAACUAGAACUGAAUGAAAAUCAAACAUCAAUAAGACCCUACAUGUACAUAUUCUAAAAUGACAUUGUAUGGCUCUUGGUACAUUUGGAAAUGAACCACAAAUCUGCCUGUAAUAUUGGCACUUCAUUGCACAGAUCUGUAAGGAUUAGUAGAUCAUUAAAACAACUAUUGCUUA